UUCGCAAUUGCCAGCGCCCAGCUCCUCUGCAACUUUCAUAUCGAUUUCACCACCACCGUCUCCGCCAUCGCCCUCACAACAUUCUGAGGGUCCUGAGCACACCUCCUACACCCCCUCACCCAUUCAGACGCCAAAAUGGUCAAGAAACGAGCUUCCAAUGGCCGCAACAAGAAGGGGAGAGGCCGAGUCAAGCCCGUGCGGUGUUCCAACUGCUCCCGCUGCGUUCCCAAAGAUAAAGCCAUCAAGAGAUUCACGAUCCGCAACAUGGUCGAGUCGGCAGCAAUCCGUGAUAUCUCCGAUGCGUCCGUCUUCGCCGACUACGCCGUCCCCAAGAUGUACUUGAAGCUCCAGUACUGCGUGUCGUGCGCCAUCCACGGCAAGAUCGUGCGCGUCCGGUCGCGCGAAGGCCGCCGAAACCGCGCCCCGCCCCCGCGAGUCCGCUACAACAAGGACGGCAAGAAGGUCAACCCCCAGCAGGCCGCUAAGACCGCGCAGGCUUAAGGGGAUUCUUUCCUGCGGAACUGUUAAUGCGCGCUGUGUGGGAUGAAUCUGGGGGGAGAAACGGGGGACGCUUGAUUCAACGGGGUGGUCUUCUCGUGAGGGCCGAGGGGAAAAGAACCAUGCAUCACGAAAAUACUUCGAGACGAGAUUCGAGAGGUUGCCUUGCGAAAAUUUCGAGCGCGAGGAGAUUGCCAUGUGCAUACGUUUCGUGGCUCUUCUCCCUAUGAUGACAAUGGCAAUGGCAAACGGCUACGGCUAGUAUCAAUGGGAAAUAUCUCCACUGGUAGACAGGUGCUCGGAGCCACGAAAAUGGCGGAAUGACAAACCCAAAGAACAGACCAAUGGAAAAGAAAAGCAUAAAUGAGCUCUGGUCAAUCCCCCCAAAAAGCAUUUUCUUUCGCAACAAAAAAAUACCCUUGGCUGGCCCUAUGCUGAACCUGAACAAAAUGCUAAAUGCUAGCAAUCGAUCUGAGACGCAGUCUGUCCCGUCCCUCCUCCCUUGGCCAAUAUGCAGCCAACGUGACUCUUGGUUCUGAGGUACACAACUGAGUCGUCCAUCCUUCCCACGACUUCCGAGUCAGCCA